ACGUCUGAGUCCGCAGUCAGGGCCACCAGGGUGGGCCCCAAAGUUUCCUAAAAUACGUUCUUCCAGGUAACACUCUAAGGCCGAUGUGCAUCCGCUGCGAAAGCAAAGGGGGCCGUGCAGGCACCUAGGGACGGGUCCUGGGAGGGGAGAAGAAUGUGUGCGGCAGGCGGAGGGUGCCACUCCCUCGCGGUCGUGGGGUCCUUCCCAGAGCACACAGGCAGGCGGCGAGUGGGGACCCCAGAGGAAGGGGCCUACCCAGUUCCCGGGGGAACCCUCGGGUACACAGGGUUCCAGACCAAAUGGCGAGGGGGCGGGGUUCUUGCCGGAGCUGGCAAUAGGUUCGCGUGGGACCGAGGCUGUGUGUCUUAUUGGGGUGUGGGGAGAGGUGGGAUACUAGCCCAGAGCAAAUGGGUGUGGGGACGUUUGUGCACAAGAUAGCGCCCCAGCCGCGGAGCCGAAAGGGAGAGGUGUGUGCGCACUUGGCAGGAUUCCAGCCCAGAGCAGGCAGGACCAUGGGCUCUGGUCAAGGGUGAAGUGUUGUCCACAAGACUCCUAGAGUGCCCCCACCCCUUGGGCAACUUUCAGGGCUGCGUCUGUGCCCUCCCUCCCCCUUCCUCCGGAGGUCCCUCUGCCUGUUCCAGCCGUGGCUUGUACAUAUUUUCCGAUUUCCUGUUAACCUCCGCCCAGCAGCGGCAGCUGGGUGACUCAGGACCCCGGUGCCGGGCCCCCAGCUCCGUGGGAUCUUUGUUUGCUCAGGCCUUUGGCUCUGGCCCUCUGGCCUAGGGCCCUCAAAGGAUUUCCUGAGCCCCGCCCCUGCCCUCUGACAGACGGGCCAGAGGGCCAGCGGAGGCCUGGGGUGGGGGUCCCCAAGGUUCCACUGGGCUCGGGAGAUGGAGAGCCGAGAGCCUGGGGCGGGCCAGUGGCCCCCAGGGGAUGAGAAAGAGGCGAUCCGCCGGGCCAUCCAGAAGGAGCUGAAAAUCAAGGAGGGUGUGGAGAACCUGCGGCGGGUAGCCACCGACCGCCGCCACCUGGGCCACGUGCAGCAGCUGCUGCGGUCCUCCAACCGCCGCCUGGAGCAGCUGCACGGGGAGCUGCGGGAGCUGCAUGCCCGCAUCCUGCUGCCUGGCCCCGGGCCUGGCCCGGCUGAACCUGCGGCCUCAGGACCUCGUCCGCUGGCAGAGCAGCCAAGGGCCCGACACCUGGAGGCUCUACAGAGGCAGCUGCAGGUAGAGCUGAAGGUCAAGCAGGGAGCCGAGAAUAUGACCCACACGUAUGCCAGUGGCACUCCCAAGGAGAGGAAGCUUCUGGCAGCCGCCCAGCAGAUGCUACAGGACAGCCAGCUGAAGGUGGCCCUGCUACGAAUGAAGAUCAGCAGCCUGGAGGCCAGCGGGUCCCCUGAGCCAGGACCGGAGCUGCUGGUGGAGGAGCUGCGGCACCGGCUACGCAUCGAGGCUGCUGUGGCCGAGGGCGCCAAGAACGUGGUGAAGCUGCUCGGUAGCCGGCGAACGCAGGACCGCAAGGUGCUAGCCGAGGCUCAGGCCCAGCUCCAGGAGUCCUCCCAGAAACUGGACCUCCUGCGGCUGGCCUUGGAGCAGCUGCUGGAGGGACUGCCUCCUGCACACCCUCUGCGUGGCAGAGUGGCCCGGGAGCUGCGGACUGCUGUGUCUGGGAACCCCCAGCCUUCAGGGACACUCGUGAAGCCCACCGCCAUGACAGGGACGCUGCAGGUCCAUCUCCUGGGCUGUGAGCAGCUGCUGACAGCUGUGCCUGGACGUUCCCCCGUGGCCGCGCUGGCCGGGACCCCCUCCCAGGGCUGGCUUUGGAGCAGGGCCAAGCAGCAGCGUGGUGGAGGCGAGCUGGCCAGUGAGGUGUUGGCCGUGCUGAAGGUGGACAAUCGCAUUGUGGGCCAGACGGCCUGGGGGCCUGUGGCCAAGCAGUCCUGGGACCAGACCUUUGUCAUCCCCCUGGAGCGGGCCCGAGAGCUGGAGAUUGGGGUGCACUGGCGGGACUGGCGGCAGCUGUGUGGCGUGGCCUUCCUGAGGCUGGAGGACUUCCUGGACAAUGCCUGUCACCAACUCUCCCUCAGCCUGGUGCCGCAGGGGCUGCUCUUUGUCCAGGUGACCUUCUGUGACCCUGUCAUUGAGAGAAGGCCCCGGCUGCAGAGGCAGAAGCGCAUUUUCUCAAAACGCAGAGGACUUCCUGAGGGCUUCCCAGAUGAACCUCAGCAUGGCGGCCUGGGGGCGCUUGGUCAUGAGCCUACUGCCCCCCUGCAGCUCUCCAAGCACCAUCAGCCCCCCGAAAGGGUGCUCCCAGACCCCAGCCACACCCCAGGGGGCCGCCGACCCUGCCUCGCCCAGGUGAGGAGCCUCGCCCCAGGCUGCCUGCUUCUCUGUGGAGUCACCUCACUCCAGAUGCAGACAGUGCCUGUCCCCGUUGCUCGCCCUCUGACCCGUCUCUCUGUCUCACGCGGCUGUGGGUCCACCCCCACCCCCACCCCCACCCCCCGCAUUCCAUCCGCCUGUGCCCGGUCGUGUGUCUGCUUCCUCCCCACAGUAAUUUCCUGCCCAAGAAGACCCCCUUGCGAGAAGAGAUCCAAUCCCCACCCAAGCCACCGCGCCUCUACCUGCCCCAGGAGCCGACCCCCGAGGAGAUGCCGAGCACCAAACGCCCCCACAUGGAGCCCAGGACUCGACUCGAGCCAUCUCCGCCAGCCUCAGCCACCAGGUACCCCUGGCAGGCUCACCUUGGCGUUUGAGAGAGACAUCUGUCCACUCACUUGGGUGUUUGCAUGUCAGGCGUUCUCACAUCGCCCCGAGCUCUUGGCUUGCUCUCAGGUUCUCACUUGCGGAGCCCACGUUACUGAGCUCCACCUGCAUGCCAGACCCCAGGAAAUGGCAGUCCUAGGAGCUCCCACCUGGCCUCUCCAGCCCCUGCCCCUCUUGCCUCACAGGUGGGGACAGCCCAGGACCAGGCGUGGAGGGAGGGUUUGGAGCGGCCCUUGGCAGAGCCCCAGCCCUUGUCCCAGGGGCUUCCUGUACCCUCUCUCUUGCAGGAAACCCCCCCGGCUUCAGGACUUCCGCUGCUUGGCCGUGCUGGGCCGGGGCCACUUCGGGAAGGUCCUCCUGGUCCAGUUCAAGGGGACAGGUCAAUACUAUGCCAUCAAAGCGCUGAAGAAGCAAGAGGUGCUGAGCCGGGACGAGAUAGAGAGCCUGUACUGCGAGAAGCGAAUCCUGGAGGCUGUGGGCCGCAUGGGGCACCCCUUCCUACUCUCCCUCCUUGCCUGCUUCCACACCUCCAGCCACGCCUGCUUCGUGACUGAGUUUGUGCCUGGUGGCGACCUCAUGAUGCAGAUCCACGAGGACGUCUUCCCUGAGCCCCAGGCCCGGUUCUAUCUGGCCUGUGUGGUCCUGGGGCUGCAGUUCUUACAUGAGCAGAAGAUCAUUUACAGAGACCUUAAGUUGGAUAAUCUUCUGCUGGAUGCCCAGGGUUUCCUGAAGAUCGCAGACUUUGGGCUCUGUAAGGAAGGGAUCGGCUUUGGGGACCGGACGAGCACCUUCUGUGGCACCCCGGAGUUCCUGGCCCCUGAGGUGCUGACCCAGGAGGCCUAUACGCGGGCUGUGGACUGGUGGGGGCUGGGCGUGCUGCUCUACGAGAUGCUGGUGGGCGAGUGCCCGUUUCCAGGGGACACCGAGGAGGAGGUGUUUGACUGCAUCGUCAAUGCAGAAGCCCCAUACCCGCGCUUUCUGUCGGUGCAAGGGCUUGAGCUCAUUCAGAAGCUCCUCCAGAAGUGCCCCGAGAAGCGCCUGGGGGCGGGGGAGCGGGAUGCUGAGGAGAUCAAGACACAGCCUUUCUUCAGGACCACCGACUGGCAGGCCCUGCUCGCCCGAGCCGUCCGGCCCCCAUUUGUGCCCACCCUCUGCGGCCCCACAGACCUGCGCUACUUCGAGGGCGAGUUCACGGGGCUGCCGCCUGCCUUGACGCCGCCUGAUGCCCGCAGCCCCCUCACCGCCCGCCAACAGGCUGCCUUCCGGGACUUCGACUUUGUGUCCCAGCGAUUCCUGGAGCCCUGAGGGCCUCCCGGGCUCUCUACCUCCUGCCCCCCCCGACGGUUGGAGCCUCUGCUUGCCCGCCUUUCUGCCCGCCUGGGCGCCCUGGUAUUGAUGAGCCCUUGGGACUCAAGGUGGCGGCCACGGGCUGCUGUCGUGGGCUUUGCUCAGUCACCGGGCAAAGUGCUGCCUCCCCUCCCUUCUCCCGACCACCUCUCCCCUGCCCGUUGCAAGACCUGGACCCGAAAGGGAGGCACAGCGAGGAGCAGUUUGGUUUGUUUUUUUGAAUACUUGACUUGCUUUAUGGAUUAUUAAAUUUAUAAAACUGUG